CUGUAUAAAUAAUACAAAAACUUAAAAUCAAAUAAAUAUGUUAAUUUUUUAGUUCUACUUCUGAUUAGUCCAUUAAAUAUUAUAUACGAUAUUAGUCCUGGAUCUUUACCGAGUAAGGAUAUGAAUAUAAGGACUCAAAGAGAUCGAAGAGAGGCUGGAAGAAAAAUAUUAAAUUUCUAUUUUCCUGAAGGAUAUAUUGGUGCUAAUAUCGACCAAUUGUUACAGUAUACAUCAGACGAUCGUUUCGUUAGGCCAAUUCAAAAAACUGUUCAACUAAUUUCAAAAUACACACCAAUUUACUUCUACUUGUUUUCUUAUAGCAGCGAUUAUGGUAUAAAAACACUUCAUAAGCUAAUUAGAGAUUCAAGACUUACUUCAGGUGUUUCUCAUCUAGAAGAACAAUUUUAUAUGUGGAAAAGACACGAUUUAGAAGAUUUAAAUCCAACAGGAUUUGAUAAAUUGAUAGCUAGAAGAUUGAUGAGAAUUUGGAGUAACUUUAUUAAAACUAGAAACCCUACCCCUUUUAGAGACCAGUUACUACAAGAAUACAUUUGGCCAACUGUAACAUCACAAAGCAACAUCACAUAUAUGCAGAUAGAUAAAAAUUUGUCUCUGCAACAAAAUUAUAGACACAAACAAAUGGAAUUUUGGGAGAGUGUCUAUGAUACAUAUGGGCAUCCUCCGUUUCUUACUUAUUAAAAAGCCAAAAAUAAAUAAAGACGAAAAUGAAUACAAAAUAAUGUUUAAACAUAAACAUAAACGGGGG